CACGCUCUCCCGUCAUCAGGGUCAGGCAGGCUGAGGGGAUGAAAACUUAAAAAGGCACGCAGGCUCAGAAACCAGCUGCUCGGUAGAGACGAACGACAGGCCAACAUCCAGGAUGGCCAGGAGGAGACGAGGCCGAAGCAGUAAUGGGCAAAAACAGCAGAACCCGCAGAACCGGAGAGGAGGAGACCCUCGCAAGGCUCUACGGGAGCCAGCCCCCUUUGCCAAGCCAACAGAUUGGGAGUCAGUGGACCCCCAUGAAAAACUGACUAUUACUCAAGCAAGAAAAGGAACACCAGCUCACCGUCCAGUGCGAGUCUAUGCCGAUGGGAUCUUUGAUCUUUUCCAUUCGGGACAUGCUCGGGCUCUGAUGCAGGCCAAGAAUGUGUUCCCCAACACUUACCUGAUAGUAGGAGUGUGCAGCGAUGAACUCACCCACAAGUUUAAGGGCUACACGGUGAUGACGGAGGAUGAACGCUACGAAGCGCUGCGGCACUGCCGUUACAUUGACGAGGUGGUGCGAGACGCGCCCUGGACACUUACCCCAGAGUUCCUCAAGAAACACAAGAUUGAUUUUGUGGCCCAUGACGACAUCCCUUACACGUCUGCUGGAUCAGAGGACGUUUAUAAGCACAUCAAGGAAGCAGGGAUGUUUGUUGCCACUCAGAGGACGGAGGGAAUCUCCACAUCAGAUCUGAUAACUCGAAUCGUCCGAGACUACGACAUCUACGUUCGUCGCAACCUGCAGAGAGGCUACACGGCUCGAGAGCUGAACGUUGGGUUCAUCAAGGAGAACAAGUAUCGGCUUCAGAACCAGGUGGACAAGAUGAAGGAGACGGUUCGAACCGUGGAGGAAAAGUCCAAACACUUCGUCAACAGGGUGGAGGAGAAGAGCCAGGACCUCAUUCUUAAGUGGGAGGAGAAGUCGCGGGAGUUCAUCGGCAACUUCCUUGAGCUCUUUGGACCGGACGGAGCAUGGCACACCAUCCAGGAGCGCAGCGGCCGGAUGCUUCAGGCCUUGUCCCCCUACUCCUCCCCCCGCGGCUCCCCCAGCAGCAGUCCCACCAGGUGGCGUUCGGUUUCGCCAGAGUCACUCCCCUCCUCUGCCUCCCCUCCAUCCUCACCACCUUCAAGCAAAAAGAGGACUCGCUCCCCUCUGAAAGCAGCAAGUCAUUAGUCAUGGAUCUGACCUGGACCGUGCCUAACAAGUGACUAAUGGUUAGAUUUAACAUGUACAGAUUCAAAUUGUUCAAC